AUGAGUGUGCAGGCACAACCCUCCCCGCGGCCGCCGGGAGCCGGGGAUUCCCCAGACGCAGACCCUCCCGGGCGGCAGCCUGCCCGAUCGCCCUCCUGGACCCGGCCGCGCCGGGGCCCCCAAGCGGCCGACAGCAAAGCUCUGUACGCCAGGGCCGAGCCGGCCGGAGAGGCGCCCGCUGCGGGCGCCGGGGUCCCCCGGGCUCGGCGACAGGAAACUCUGGGGAGAGCUUCCAAGCGGCCGCGGGGCGGCCCAGAGCCGCGCCCGCCGCCGGCGCCCGCCCGCCAGCCCGCCCCGCGCCCACCCCGCGCCGCGUGGGCCGCCAGCGAGAGCCCCGGGCACCGCCGGGCGGAGCCGAGCCGGGCGGAGCCGAGCGAGCGGGCGCUGCCGAGCCGCGCGGAGGCCGGGCGCGCAGCCCAGCGCAGCCCAGACCAGCCCAGCGCAGCGCAGCCCGGAGCCGCGGAGUCGCGGCCACCCGCAGGUAAGCAGCGAGCGCCCGCGCCCCGCGCCCCGCCGCGGCCUGGCAGCCGGGAGCCGGGCACCACCAAGCGCGUCAGCAGCCAGACCGGCCCGCAGCGGGGCCACCCUCGGGAGCGGAGCGGCGCCUGGCACAGCCUCACUCGGCCUCUGUGCCCGGAGCAGCCCCGCAGCCCGCCCCGCCUCUCGGGCCUCUCACGGCCGGACAAGGCGGGACAAGGCACCCCGGUGUGA